UUUUUCCUGGCAAUUCUGACGUGCUGUUUCCCAGGGAAAUGGAAAAGCCUUACAAAUGCAUGUUCCAAAAUACGGAAGGCUCGAUGAGAAAUUUUCCAGAGCGAAUCGUCAGUAGUAAGAAUUUGUUGCCAAAUUUUCUCAGUUUUUUUGGGAUUUUGUUUUGAAGUGAGGAGUAACUUUGGUCGGAACGCAUUCAUCCAGGAAGUAAUCCUUAAUGUGCUCCACUCUGAGCCUCUAGCCUGCAUGUGAGAUUGAAGAAGGUUUAAUUAAAUGUUGAUUCCAGGGAGGCUGUGGGACGUUUGAAAGUGAUUUGGAGAGAGCAAAGUCCGUGUGCGAUGGACACGGAGCCCCAGGCAGCGUGCGUGGUGCCCCAGGCUCCCUGCCCAGCUAUGCAGUGCUCUCCUUCACAGGACUUUUCUCCCCAGCUGAGGCUGGCUGAAAAGAUCCCACCGGUGAAGCCUUGCUUCAAGAAGAAGCAGCAAGUGCAGAAGAGGCUGGACUCACAAACCCUGCGGGCUUUGAGGCCGAUCUUCACCAGCCUGCUGGGAGCUGGGGCCUUGGACAGGGUCUUUGUGCCCCGGGGGCAGCGUGGUGGCCACAGAGAUUUAUGUGAACCUGCUGUGAAAAAGACUCUGGACCUCGGUACCUCUUGUCCCCAGACAGAAAAUAAUGUGACUGUGCUGAUGCCAGCAGCUCCAGAUGUGCAGGGUCAGCUGGCAGCAGCUCACCCUUCCCCCGGGCAUCCUGAGCAGGAUGUUCAGUCAGGAGAGCAAGGUUUCUCCCCAGAAACUCCUGGAACCGCUGCUGAUAAUGGUAAUGAAUCAUUCCAGGAUCAUCCUUUGCACCCAAGUGCUGGCGAUGCUGCAGCUUGUCCUUUGUUCCCUGACAAGGUUCUGGAAAGUUACACAUCUGGCUUGCUGCAGGAGAACAGCUGUCCAAUGCAAUACAACUUGACCCCAAGCAAUAAAUUCAGUGCUGGGAUAUUCCAGGAUAAAAGUGAAGAAGCUUCCCUGGACUUGGUGUUUGAGCUCUUGAACCAGCUGCAGUAUCACACCCACCAGGAGGACGGGAUUGAAAUCUGUGUGGAUUUUCUCCAGGGCACUUGUGUUUAUGGCAGUGAUUGUCCCAAGCAUCACACAGUGUUACCCUAUCACUGGCAGGUGAGGAGGACAGCAACCCAGAGGUGGCAAAGUGUGACCAACGAUUCCCAGGAGCACCUGGAAAGGCUUUACUGCAACCCUGACAAUGACAAGAUCAAAGUCAAGUAUCGGGGCCAGGAGUUCUGGGUGGAUCUGAACCAGAUGAAAUUAUAUGAAAGCGCAGAGUUCGACCAAAUGCGGCGCCUGUCCACGGCCUCGUGCCCCAGCUCCAGCUCCCACUGCUACACGGUGUGGAAAUAUUUCUGCAGGGACCACUUUGGCUGGAGAGAGUACUCGGAGCCCGUGGUGAGGCUGAUCGAGGAGGCGAGCUGCCGCGGGCUGCGCGAGGUUCGCUUUGUCACCUGGCACAACCAAUACAUCCUCAACAUCAGGGAUGGCUUCCAGCAGAACUCCUGCUUCCGUAGGGAGAUCAAGAGGAGGCCCUUGCUGCGUUCCUGCGUGCUGCUCAUGCCUUUCCUGCAGACCCUGGGUGGCAGCUCCGUGGUGCCCUCGCCGUGCUCCGACGCUGUCUCCUCACACCACCUGUCCCCAGCUGCUGUCACCUCUCCCAGCUUCUACCCCGAGACCUGGAUUGGAAUGGAUCCAGCUCAGGACUUCAUCCAAGUGCCUGUUCUGAAGGAAGACAAAAGCUAUAGAACCAUUUAUAACCUGUUCCACAAGACUGUGCCAGAGACCAAAUACAAGAUUUUGAAAAUCCUGCGAGUGCAGAACCAGUUCCUUUGGGAGAAGUAUAAAAGGAAAAAGGAAUACAUGUCCAAGAAGAUGUGUGGGCUGGACAGGAUCAUGAACGAGCGGCACCUGUUCCAUGGCACAUCCCAGGACGUGGUGGACGGCAUCUGCAAGCACAACUUCGACCCGCGCGUGUGCGGCAAGCACGCCACCAUGUUUGGCCAGGGCAGCUACUUUGCCAAGAAGGCCAGCUACUCCCACAACUUCUCCAAACGCUCCCCCAAGGGCGUGCACUUCAUGUUCCUGGCCAAGGUGCUCACGGGCAGGUACACGGUGGGCAACCACACCAUGAGGAGGCCGCCGCCCGUGGAGCCCGGCAGCGUCACCAGCGACCUCUACGACUCCUGCGUGGACAAUUACUUCGAGCCCCAGAUCUUUGUCAUCUUCAACGAUGACCAGAGCUACCCCUAUUUCAUUAUCCAGUACGAGGAGGUCAGCAGCACCGUCUCCAUCUGACAGUUUGUGUUGGAGGAGGGAAUAAAAUCUUGGACGCUUCCUCGCUGGUGGAAUGACUUGGAAGGAAGGAAAUCUGAAGUGACCAACUGUGCACUUGCUGGUUGAUUCCCUAGGUGGAAAUUGUACAUAUUUUUUCCAUUGUUUAUAGUUGAAAAUCUGUGCCUUUUGUUAUAAAACACUGUUUAUUUAUGUUAGUAAAUGUUCAUGUUUCAGAA